AUGGCUGGGCCUCAGUCCCGACAGCGGAGUCUCCGCAUCCUCGUCCUCAACGCCAACUCUUCCACGGCCAUGACCAGCGGCGCCGUGGCUGCCGCCGAGAAGUUGGGUCUGCCCAAUAUCGAAAUCUAUUCCUACACGCCCCCUUCCUCCGCCCCCGCAAGCAUCGACAACCAGGAAGACAUCGACAAGAGCACACAGGUCAUUCUCGACGAUGCCGUUCUUGCCCAAGACCUCGAGGGAGGAAAAUAUGACGCCGUCCUCGUGGCCUGCUUCAGCGUCCAUUCCCUCGUCGGCGAGCUCAGCAAGUACAAGCACAUUGCCGUCACGGGCAUCUUUGAAGCCAGCAUCACCACAGUCUUGUCACUAACCCCUGCUCCCCUGAAUAAUGAGAAAUGGGGCAUCGUAACCACAGGAAAGUUCUGGGAAGACCACCUCGGGGAUGGAGUAAAGGCGUUCCUCGGCCAGGACAGCACCGCUGCCAAUCACAAGUUCGCGGGCGUAUUUACCUCAGGAUUGACCGCGGGCGACUUCCACACUGUUUCCCCCGAAGAGGUCAAGGCCAAGCUGGAAACGGCCGUAGCCCAGCUUUUUGCUUCGGGGAAUGUGUCUUGCGUAGUUAUGGGCUGUGCGGGGAUGGCGGGCUUGGAGGAUACCAUCCGUGCAUCCGCAAUUGCCUCAUAUGGAAAGGAUGCAGGAGAACAAGUCUACAUCGUUGACGGAGUGAAAGCGGGCAUACUACAGCUGGAGCAAACUGUCCGUAGUAUACAGGCAUUCCGAUGA